AUGUACGUGAGCUACCUCCUGGACAAGGACGUGAGCAUGUACCCCAGCUCAGUGCGCCACUCCGGCGGCCUCAACCUGGCCCCGCAGAACUUCGUCAGUCCCCCGCAGUACCCGGACUACGGCGGCUACCAUGUGGCGGCCGCGGCCGCGGCGGCCGCGAACUUGGACAAUGCCCAGUCCCCCGGGCCGUCCUGGCCCUCGGCCUACGGCGCCCCGCUACGCGAGGACUGGAACGGUUACGCGCCGGGGGGCGCCGCGGUCGCAACCAACGCCGUGGCGCACGGCCUCAACGGGGGCUCGCCGGCCGCCGCCAUGGGCUACAGCAGCCCUGCGGACUACCACCCGCACCACCACCCGCACCACCACCCGCACCACCCGCCCGCUGCGCCUCUGAAGCUGGAGGGCAAGAAGCCGCGGGAGCGACGAGAAUCCGUGGUGCGGAUUCAGCCCCUGCUCCCAACAGGGGUCGUUUGUUCUGAAUCCGGGAUGGACCCCUCCUUGGUUCCCAGGGGGUGUGGGGCGCCUCCAAGGCCCUUGGGCGCGGGCCACAGAGCGCCUAGGGGCCUGGUCACCACGUUUACCCGGCCCGUUCGGGGCAUUCGGCACCCGAACGAGAGUCGCACCCCAGCACCCCAAGUGAAAACCAGGACGAAAGACAAAUACCGGGUCGUGUACACGGACCACCAGCGGCUGGAGCUGGAGAAGGAGUUUCACUACAGUCGCUACAUCACCAUCCGGAGGAAAGCGGAGCUGGCUGCCACCCUGGGGCUCUCGGAGAGGCAGGUUAAAAUUUGGUUUCAGAACCGCAGAGCGAAGGAAAGGAAAAUAAACAAGAAGAAAUUGCAGCAGCAGCAGCCUCCACCACCUGCAGCCCAGCCUCCCCAGCCACAGCCAGGUCCUCUGAGAAGUGUCCCGGAGCCCCUGAGUCCUGUGUCUUCCCUGCAAGGCUCCGUGCCAGGCUCUGUCCCUGGGGUUCUGGGGCCAGCUGGGGGGGUGUUGAACCCCACUGUCACCCAGUGA